AUGAUCAUCAUUGGAAGCAGGAGAAUAAACAAGGGAAUCAGGCAGGGGUAUGAUCAUGGGAGGGGUGGUGGGAGAAAUGGAAGGGGAGGGAGAGGGGGUAGAGGGCAAGGAGGAGGAAAGGGAUGGUCUGUAAAAGAAAGGGAUGUUGAGGAGGAAAAAGAAGAAGGAGAUUACAUGAAUCCUUUCCAGCCUCUGAGAAAAAUUAAAGAGGAAGGGGAGGUUGGGGAGGAGGAAGAUGACCCUGGGCCUUUGAGAGACAAGGAUGAUGAAAAGGAUGAGGAUUAUGUGGUCUCUGACAGUGAAAUCAGUGAACAAAUUGAGAAAGAAAAGGAGGAUAAGGAAGGGGAAAUUGAUAUGGAGGAUGAAAGGAGGUGCAAAGAAUUGAAUGUAACUCCUAAGGCACAGAAAGGGAAACAAAAGAAGGCUAAGGCCUCUGCUGGGAAGGGCAAGGGCUCUUCCAAGAAGAAACGAUGA